AUGGAUAAUAGGUGGGAGAAAAUUUCCGUGGCUUCUGUUAAUGGGACGUUUGUGUUAUUUCGGCUUACUGGGUCUGAGUCUAUUAUACCAGUUUCUUGCUUGGUGUCUCUUCUCUCUUCUAAUAAAAAAUUCAAAACUCCUACUAUGGAUACCGAGAUGCCAAAAUCCUUUACUUGGCCACUGAAAAAGGUCGCCAAAUCUUCGAAAACUUUCUUCGUGGCACAAAUGUCCCUGAGAAUGGCGGUGGUUGCUUUCACAUUAGCCGGGGCGAUUACUAUGGUAACCAGUAAGCAGUCAGUAACUAUUUUUGGAAUCGUUAUGCAAGCCCGUUAUACCUACUCAUCUGCUUUCAGAUUCAAGGUUAUUGCAGAUUCGGUUGUAUGCGCCGUCUCAUUACUGUCAGUGGUUCUUGUUUAUUCAUUUAGUCAUCUCAAAUCCAAUACCAACAAUUACUUUUUCUUGCUCUGCCAUGAUAUGGUAAAUAUGGUCGUGUUGAUAUCAGGAUGCGCAGCAAGUACAGCAAUCGGCGGCGUUCAGUGCUACUCAUUGUUUGGUGCGCCCUUUGAAGCGGCGUUCACUGCUACUCAUUGUUUGGUGCGCCGAGCGCUGCAGCGCCGGCUGCAUGCUGUUGCAGACGCAGCUCACGACUUCCGGUUGAUUUGCCGGUCAUCUGUAAUUAAGAAAGAUCAAUCCCGAAGGGCUGUUGAUCUCGUGGUUUCCGGCUUUAAAUUGGCAGCGAGGCCAGAUACAGAAUCAGGGACCCCAUCAAGGUUUUGCUGCUCAUGGAUUGAUACGAGUAUAAUCACCUAUCUCCUUCAAGUUUCAACGUCACUAAACAUGUUCAUUUCUUUGCGGAUCAUUCUCUUGUAA